CUGCCAGGUGCUGAGGAUGAGACCCCAACCCCGACAGAGACCCCCGGCAGCCACCCCUACGCCUGCCCUGAGUGCAACAAAGCCUUUUUCCAGAGCUCCACACUGAGCCGCCACCAGCGGACCCACACGGGCGAGCGACCCUAUGCCUGCAGCCUGUGCGGCAAGCAGUUCAGCCAGCGCGCCAACCACACCCAGCACCAACACACCCACACUGGCGCGCGCCCCUACCGCUGCGGGGACUGUGGGAAAACCUUUGCCUUCAGCUCCCGGCUUCUCCAGCACCAGCUGGUGCACACGGGCGACAGGCCCUACCGCUGCCCGGACUGCCACAAGGCCUUCAACCAGAAGUCCAACCUCAAGCAGCAUCAGCGCCUGCACAGCGGGCAGAAACCACCUGCAUACAAGCGCCCGGAGACUUCCCAGAAGCCCUACGGGUGCCAUCAGUGUGGAAAAGCUUUCCGGGUGAGCUCGCACCUCCUCCGGCACCAAGUCACGCACACCCGGGAGCGGCCGUACACCUGCCCGGACUGCGGCCGGGGCUUCGCUCUCAGCGCUCACCUCCAGCGCCACCGUGCCGUGCACAGCGGGGAGAAGCCGUACCCCUGCCCGCAGUGCGGGAAGCGCUUUGGGCUCGGCGCCCGCCUGGACCGCCACCUCCGCACACACUCCGGGGAACGCCCCUACAAAUGCGGGGACUGUGGGGCCGGCUUCGUGGACAGCUCAGCCCUCAUCAAGCACCGCCACAUCCACACCGGGGAAAAGCCCUACGCCUGCCCCGAGUGUGGGAAGAGCUUCGGGCGGAGCUCCUACCUGGCCACCCACCGCCGCGUGCACUCCGGGGAGAGGCCCUACCCCUGCCCGGACUGCGGGAAGGGCUUUGCCAGCAGCUCAGACCUCAGCAAGCACCGGCGGGUCCACACCGGGGAGAAGCCUUACAGCUGCGGGCUCUGCGGGAGGGCGUUCAGUCGCAGCUCCAACCUCCUGGCACACCAGAAGGUCCACCGGAGUGGGCCUGAGCCCGGGGAAUGAUGGGCUCAAGAGGAAGAACAGUGUUGUGGCUGGACAACCAUUGGGGAGGCUGGACAGGUAUAGGCAGAGGAUAGACCCCAUCCAUCUAGAGCUGACAUGGUGGAUGGAUCCCAUCCACCUACACAUCCAGCAUGGCGGACAGGCCCCGUUCAUCUACAGAGCCAGUACGGUGGGAAGACCCUGUACGGCCCAUCCCACCCACAAAACUAAGAUGGCAGACAGACCCCAUCCAUCUACAGGGCCGACAUGGGGAAUGGACCAAGUUCAACCCACCCCACCCACAAAACCAACAUGGCGGAUGAACCCCAUCCAUCUACAGAUCCAACAUGGUGGAUGGACCCCGUCCAUUUUGAGAUCCAACAUGACAGACGGACCCCGUUCAUCUUGAGAUCCAAUAUGGCAGACAGACCCCAUCCAUCUACAGAUCCAACAUGGCGGAUAGAACCCAUCCAUCUUGAGAUCCAACAUGGCAGAUGGACCCCAUCCAUAUAAAGACCCAAUAUGGCGGACAGACCCCAUCCAUCUACAGAUCCAACAUGGUGUACAGACCCAAUCCAGCUAGAGAUCCCACAUGGCGGAUGGACCCCAUCUAUCUAUAGAUGCAAUAUGGAGGACAGACCAGUCCAGGGCUCCAUGGAUUGGCCCAGUCCCCAGUUGUCGUGGCAACAAGAUGGCCGCCCCCUGCUCCCACCCACCUCCUCUGUCAAGCGCCUCAUGGCAGUGUACAGCCCCAAGCACGGGGGAGUCUGGACCUGUUUAGAGCACAAUAAAGGAACCAAUCAGAAUAUAGGUGUCUGAGAUGCACCCAGCUCUGGGUUGGAACAGCCACAUAUAACAGUGUAUGGGGAAGGCUAAGAUGCCCCCAGCACUGGGGUGAAAAGGCCACAUAAAACAGAGUGUCGAGAGGGCUUUUAUGUGCCCAACUCUGGGGUCAAACGGCCACAUAUAACAGCAUAUGGGGAGGGCUGCGAUGCACCCAGCUCUGGUGUGGAAUGGACACAUAAAACACUGUGUGGGGAGGGCUGAGUUGCACCCAGCUCUGGGGUGUGAUGGCCACAUAUAAGAGUGUAUGGGAAUGGCUCAGAUGCACCCAGCUCUGGUGUGGAAGGAUACAUAUAACAGUGCAUGGGGAGGCCUGAGAUGCAGCCAGCUCUGGGGUGGAACUGCCACAUAUAACAGUGCAUGGGGAGUCCUGUAAUGCGCCCAGCUCUGGGGUGGAAUGGCCGCAUAUAACAGCGUAUAGGGAGGGCUGAGAUGCACCCAGCUCCGGGUGGAAAUGCCACAUAUAAGAGCGUAGGGGGAGGGCUGAUGUGCCCAGCUCGGGGUAAAACGGCUCUGUGGUGGAAAGCCCACAUAUAACAGUUUGUGGGGAGGGCUGAGAUGCGCCCAGAUCUGGGGUGGGAUGGCCAGUUUUACUGGGGUCCCUGGGGUGAGAGCAGGGGACGCUGGGAGCCCGGAGGGCUGGGUUCUCCCCCGCACAAAGCCAACCCCACACAGGGCCCCUUUCUUUGCCGUUCUCCCCUCACCCACCACAGGCGUCCAGGCGCGGAGACCACAGUCAUCCUCGGCACGCCUCCCUCCGACCGCAG